GGUGGUCAAAAAAUCUUGUAACAAAACUCUAUUACGAUUAAUACGAAACACUUUCAACUCUCGAUUCAUUGCUUUACGAUUCGAACGUGCUAAUCUCACAAGGCCGAGAGCCCCAAAUCGUCCACAAAUUCUUAAGAAUACGGAAUGGUUCAUGUAUCCAGGAUUUUGGACAACUUACAUGCUCAGUCUCUUCUUCGGUUGGCUCGUUGUUCUCUCUGUCUCGAGUUUUUCCCCUGGAGAUUGGUUGUUUACCCGAAAGGAAACGAAGAGGACAAUGGAAGUGGAUUUGUUUCAAUGUAUGUGGAAUGUCUCUCAUCCACAACACCACCCAUUGAUGUGUUUGCUUAUCUCACUUUCUUUAUCUUUAGCGAGGAAGAGAAGAAGUACCUCUCUAUUCAAGAUGUUGAAGUAAAGCGUUUCAAUUCUUCAAAAACGGUUUGGGGAUUGUCACAAGCUCUUUCGGUUGAAGCACUCAAAGACCGUGCAAAGGGAUUUAUCUUGUACGGAGAACUACAUGAGUUUGGUGCUCAUGUGAAGAUUGUUUCACGACCCGUCUCUUUUGGUGAAGAUCUCCCUUUUCACAAAUUCUCAUGGACUAUUCGUGAUUUCUCCCUUCUCAGACAGAAUGAUUGUGUUUCGAAAACCUUUCACAUGGGAGAAAAAGAUUGGACUCUCACUUUGUAUCCAAAGGGAGACUCUAGAACAGAUGGCGAGUUAUCCCAGCAUUUGCAUUUAACUGACAAUGAUACUUUAUUGAAGGGUGAGCUGAUUUUGUUGCGAGUUAACUUGCAGGUUCUAGACCCGCGUGGAUCCAAUCACCUAACAGGAAGCCUCAACAGUUGGCUCAUGAACUCGAACAAAGCAAGGGGUAAGACCCAGUCCAUGUCUUUAGAUAAAAUUCAGGGGGCUUACUUGGACCGUGAAGGUACUUUGGAGGUGGAGAUCGAAUGUGAAGUUCUUAAUUCCAUCGAAAACCAUCCCUUCUUUUAGGAUAUAUGUUUAUCUACCAUGCCAUGUCUACUACUCUAGAGUCUAGGACUACUCUGUUUUAUGCCU